CAUUCGUUGGUUGAUUUGCUUUGCUGGUGCAAAAAGUGAAAUGUACGGGUAGCUCAGGCGUCAACGAUAUGCGAUAUUCCUUUAUUCAUCUCCAUUAGACGGUGUUAUCUUUUUCCUGAUCUAUAGAUUGAUAUUGGUUAGUGUUUUUUCCGCGUAAGUAGCUAUAUCAGAAUUACAUUCACAAUGGGACGAUCGGUGAACUGCGAAGCUUACCUUGAGGAGUACCUCAAGAGUCUUUCCAAGAAGCAAGGUUCCUGCGUUGGUUUGCUGAUUGGGCAGCCAUCGAUUCAUGGCAAAGACUACAUCGUACAUUUGAACAAAAUCAAGGAUGAAUCCGGCUCGGAACCAGAAGUUCAAAACAUUCUGGAUGUCGACAACCAGCAGGUUUCGCAACAUGCACUUAUAGAAACCCGGCUCCUACCGGGUGGAUUCUACGUGAUGGGAAUCUUCGUUAUCAAUCCUAAAAAUGUAUUCGAGGACCAGAACCUGCUGAGAAAAGUCAAAACCAUGCUGGUCGACAUGCGGCAUACGUUCAAUUCCAAUGCACUGCUACAGGGAAACUGUGACGAGCUGGACGCUGGCGAGAAGCUAGUCUUUUUCUACUCGUCGAGUAGUAACGUCUUUGGAUGUAAGAGUGUGGCCCUCAAGUCGAACAACCUAUCGGUUAAUCCAUGCGACUGGAAGUUCCAGGAUCGAGCCACCACUUGGCAGGUGAUGAAUACAUUUUUUGAGACUGACGAUACGUUUGCGUUGAACAAGAAAUCAGACGACCAGUACGAUACCGAAGGGAACUUGACCGACUGCGUUCAAGUACUGAAGCAGCAACUGGAUAGAAGUGUUAUUUUCUUUGACGGUGGUCCAAAAGACGGCAAUCAGCUGGUGGAUGCCAUGCUUCAGGACAAAAAGGAAGAUCCAUUCCUAGUGCACGUUUACAUGCCAUUGCCAUCAAACAGUGACAUUUCCACUAGCAAGAUCGAAACCUUCGGCGGAACACUGAAACUCGACGGUAUCAUUAGCUCCACAGUGUUUGCCCAUCCCAAAAAUACCUUCGCCGAGGUUGAGUCCUUCGUAAAAACGGACAUCAUUCGUUCUCUGAUGUCUCGAGUUCAGAUCCAUUGCGAUUCUCUGGUACAACACGCAGACGACAGCGUCCAGGAUACGGUCAUGCUGAAUGAACUACCCCGCCGAAUCUACUUCCCCAUCCGGGCGAAGUCCACCCCAAUCCUGUUCAGCGAGUAUCUCUUCCUGGACGAGGCAAAGGAGACGGCCAUUCCGCAGAUUCGCGAUACACUCGAUCUGAUCGUAAUGCCCAAGGAUCUGAGCGCGACGAUCGAGGUGAUGGCCGAGGUGAAGGAAGAGGAGCAGCACGAUGCCAGGGAAUGUGAAACGGGUACGGACGACAAGGGCGAUGGAAAGCUGAACAUGACACUGGUGGGAGGAUUGGCAGCCAUCGUGGUGCUGAUAAUAGCGAUUUUGAUUUUCCUAUUGACGAAGUAAAAUCAAUGUAGCGUGCUCUCCCAGUGGUUGUAUUAUCAGUGUUUUUUCUGCAGUUA